CAAAUUCUCAACUAUAAAGCUUAAAGGUUUUUUAAGAAUUUUUAUACUCUCUUCUUCAGGAGUCAGGCUGGUUGGAGGUUCUCGCUGCUCUGGGAGGUUAGAGAUACUUCAUAAUCAGACGUGGAUGUUAGUGUGUGCUGCUGCCUUUGACCAGCAGGAUGCAGAGGUUGUGUGUAGAGAGGUGGACUGUGGGGCUCCUGUACAGGUGCUGGGAGAAGAUGCUUUUGGAAAAGGAGACGUUCAGAUGUGGACACAAGAGAUUCAGUGCAGAGGAAAUGAGUCUCAGAUUCACCUCUGUCCAACAUCACCAUCAUAUAAAAACAACUGUUCACAUGAAGAUAGUGUUGGGCUCAUGUGUGCAGACAGUGUGAAUGUGAGGUUGGUUGGUGGUCACAGUCGCUGUGCUGGUAGAGUGGAGGUUCUUCAUAGAGGUCAGUGGAGAACAGUGUGUGGUGAUUUCUGGGAUUUGGCUGAUGCUGCAGUGGUGUGUAGAGAGCUGGACUGUGGAGAACCUGUAGAUGCUCUGGGUGAUAUUCCUUUUGAACCAGGAUCAGGACAAAUCUGGAUGGGUUUGUUCAUGUGUUCUGGAUCAGAGUCUACACUGAAGAACUGUGGGUCAUUAAGACGUCCAUGUGAAAAUAGAAAUAUUUCUGGAGUCAUCUGCUCAGAUAAUAAACAUUCCAGACUUGUUAAUGGAUCUCACCUGUGCUCUGGGAGAUUAGAGAUGAUUCAUGGGAACACCUGGGGUUCAGUGUGUGCUGCUGCCUUUGACCAGCAGGAUGCAGAGGUUGUGUGUAGAGAGCUGGACUGUGGGGCUCCUGUCCAGGUGCUGGGAGAAGAUGCUUUUGGAAAAGGAGAUGCUCAGAUGUGGACACAAGAGAUUCAGUGCAGAGGAAAUGAGUCUCAGAUUCAACUCUGCCCAACACUGACAUCACACAAACACAACUGCAGCAGCGACAAUAAUGUGGGACUGGUCUGUUCUGGUUACUCAGAGGCCAAACUGAUGAAUGGUUCAGACUCUUGUUCUGGAAGAGUGGAGCUUCGGUUCAUCAGUAAAUGGGGCACAGUUUGUGAUGCAUGCUGGGAUAUGAGAGCUGCCAGUGUCCUCUGUAGACAGCUGAAUUGUGGGAUUGCUGUGUCUGUUGUGGGAUCAGACUGGUUUGGAGAGGGAAGUGGUGAAAUCUGGGCUGAUGUCUUUGAUUGUGACGGGAAUGAAACAAAACUCUCAGAAUGUUCCAUCUCUUCAUGGAGUCGAGCUGAAUGUUCUCAUAGACGAGAUGUUGGAGUCAUCUGCUCUGGCUCCUCUCUAGCUGUUCAUGAUGGUCUGGUGCGGUUGUCUGGAGAGAGACAGUGUGAGGGGGAGGUGGAAGUUUCCAUCCAUCAGGUCUGGAGGAGAGUUCUGCUGGACUCCUGGAGUCUCACUGAAUCUUCUGUGGUCUGCAGACAGCUGGGCUGUGGCUCUGUGCUGAACUUCUCCGGCUCCUCUUCAUCCAGUCCUGAACACAGUCAUGAGUGCGUGACGGGCUUCCAGUGCUCUGGGAGUGAAGCUCAUCUGGGGAACUGCAGCUCUCCACAAACUCUCAACUGCAGCUCCACACAACAGCUGUCAAUCACCUGCCUUGGUCGUGGGUCCAUCAGGCUGGUGGGUUCUGGGGGAGACUGUGCAGGGAGGCUGGAGGUUUUUCACAGCGGCUCAUGGGGGACAGUGUGUGAUGACUCCUGGGAUAUUAAAGAUGCCCAUGUGGUGUGCAGACAGCUGCAGUGUGGAGUAGCCCUCAGUAACCAGCAGGUACCAGCCUGGUUUGGUCCUGGUUCUGGACCCAUAUGGCUGGAUGAGGUGGAGUGUGAGGGGAAUGAGACGUCCCUGUGGAGCUGCUCUUCUCCAGGCUGGGGAAAACAUGACUGUCAACACAAGGAGGAUGUAGGAGUCGUGUGUUCAGAGUUUAAAGAGAUCAGGUUAACUGAGGGCUGUGAAGGGAAUGUGGAGGUUUUCUACAAUGGAUCCUGGGGAAAUGUGUGCUGGAACCAGAUGGACAGAGACACAGCGAGUCUGAUCUGUCAAGAGCUGAACUGUGGAAAAUCUGCCAGUGAACCCAGUAAUUCAGAGGGACUGAAGUCUCAUAAUUGGCUUGAUUAUUUUAAAUGUCGACGUCAUGAUUCCACUCUAUGGCAGUGUCCAUCUUCACCCUGGAGACAGAAUGACUGUGAUAAUGAAGUGGCCAAUAUCACCUGCUCAGAGGAGCAGACUAGUGAGUCUCCUCAGAGUCAUUUGACAUGUUUUACCUCACAAUCUCCUCACCAGAGACAGUGUUCAAAUCAUGUUCCUCUCAGACUGAGUGGAGGGGAGGGCCGGUGCUCUGGGAGGCUGGAGGUGUAUCAUAACACUGUGUGGGGCUCAGUCUGUGAUGAUCUGUGGGACAUCAGCGAUGCUCAGGUGGUCUGCAGGCAGCUGGGUUGUGGAGCAGCACUGAGGGCUAAUGGGAAUUUAGUCUUUGGUGCUGGUGAAGGUGUUGUGUGGCUGAACAGAGUCGAGUGCAGAGGGAAUGAGAUUCACCUGUGGGACUGUCCUCUCUCCCUGAAGAACCACACUGACUGCUCCAACAAAGAUCACGCUGGACUCACCUGUGCAGAUUUGGCAGAUUUGUCAGUGUCCACUACUCCUGCCACACCAUCAUCAUCUUCUCCCCCAGUUUCUCAGACAGUGAGCUCAACAUCAGUCUCUCGUCCACAAACUCCUCCGUCUCUCUCUGUGCUUGUGAUUGUACUGGGAGUUGUGCUCUUACUGCUCUUAGUGCCACUGCUUAUACUGAUUCAGCAGAACAGAGUGAUGAGGAGAGCUCUCUCUAAGAGGAGACACGGGAGCACGACUGAGGCCGUUUAUGAGGAGAUUCAUCACAGACCCUCUAACAGACACAGUCUCUUCACUCAGAGGGACAGGGCGAAUGAAAUCACACCAGAAUACUAUGAUGAUGUCAUCACUGAUGGACUGAAGCCAGAACGUGAAACAGAAGACACACUUGGGAGCUAUGAUGAUGUCACCACCAAUGAACAGAACUCUGUGGACAUGCCAGAGAAUUAUGAUGAUGUCAUCAUUAAUGGACAGGACUCUCAAGGUGUAACGGAGGGAGAUCAGGAGGAGUAUGAUGAUGUGAAGAACAUCAGUGAAGAUGAGAGAAACCUGUUGGAUUAUGAUGAUGUGGGGGAGGAGUCAAAAAACGAGGACGUGUCUGUAUGACUCAAUGGCCACACCCACUGCCUCGGUUUAUGAAAUUUUACAGCUUCUAGAGUUGGGUUGAAUUGAUCUUACAUAACUACUUUGUUUUAAUAUUAAUUUUUAUUGAUGUGCCUGCAUUUUGUAAAAUUAAUUGCUUUGAAAUUUAUAGCCCUGUAACUUUGAUUAUUUUUUGCUUUUUUUUAACAAGCACAUUUUAAUGAUCAUAAAAACAAUGAAAAACACGAUACAAAAAUCAAUAAAAAUCACAUUAUUUUUUAUAUAGUAAGAUUUUAUGUAGUAUUUUGCAGGGGGUAUGUAAACUUUUGAGCACCACUAUCUAAUUAAAACAACUAAAGAAAUAAAUUGGUCUUAUUUAUUUAUUUAUUUAUUUAUUUUAAGCCAUAAUCAUUUGGUUUAUUAAUAAUCAAAACAUUGUGUCCAACCUGACACAGGAUAAUUGCGCAAGUAUUAAGUAAGAGACGCUGUUAUGCAAGUAUAGGCUAUUAAUAAAUUAAUAUGGAAACAGUUGCAUUACAUGUCUGAUUGAAGAGAAGUAUUGCAUGUCUAACCCAAAAGAUACAAGUCACAGUGUGUACUUUGAAUACUUAUUGAACGCGAACCAUAUAUUUAUAUUUCAGCACAUUUUAGUUGUGAUUUCAGGCAGCUGCUGGGAAGAAAGUGAACAACAGCUGUUUUACAGCUAAUAGAAAAGUUAGGGACAUUGUAGCAACACUCGUUAUUAUGUCCAAAUAAAUAGGCUAUAACAUGUAAAAGUAAAUGUUUUGUACAUGUGUUUAGCACUAAUAUGAAAACAGUCCCCACCCUGUAGAAAUUGUUCAUUUUAUAUGUCAAUCUAAGAAAUUUGCUGGGAAAAAAAAAAAGUAGUUGAAAGAGGAAGGAUGUUUCUCUUUUUUGCUGAGCAUAGUCUAAAAAAAGAUGGUUCCUUAAAGGUUCUUUACAUGUAGCAACAGUUCUAUUAAGAACCGUAUCGUCCUGGAAAAAAAACCUUAAAUGCUGAAAUAGUUCUUUGUGUUGGAGUUUAGGGUUCUUUAUCCCUGCCUUUUUGUUUUUCAAAACUGUAACUGUCAAAACCACCUCAUUUCUGAUUUUCUGGAGCUCAACCAUUCAAUUACACAGACUGUCAACACACUCAAAAGGUAAAGGAUUUCCUUCUUAAAAUCUAUACAUUUUAACAUUUGUAACUGGUUUCGUACCAAUCAUAUCUUUUUCUCUUUUUAGUUUAAUAGAACAUGUAAGAAUAAGUAGCUUUGUUCAGUUAAGGAUAUUUAUCUUCUUUUUUCACAAAGUUAUAGAGAUAUUGAUUUUAUGGUCAAUAUUGUUAGAUUUUAUUUUAAAUUAUUACUUUAUGCAUAAACAUACAGUCACAAAAAAACAUUAAAGCUAAAUCACUUUUUCCUUUUAACAUUGUGAGAGGUUCACAUACUGUCAAUUUUUGCUCUUUUUGGCCUUAAUAAACAUAAUUGUUUUUACAUAAACAAAUGGAAGAGACACACUUUAUAACUCUAAACUCAAUUGUGUAUUUCAGGUGCUGUCACAUCAAUCUUCCUUCCACAAUCUAGCCUUCCUGAUAAUGUUCGGGGCUCAGACUCGCUCACCCAGUUUAAAUCUAGAUUAAAGAUGCAUCUCUUUAGCCAAGCAUUCAUAAAAUGCAUCUCAUAUCAGAUCAAUUGCACA